CGAGGGUUUUUUUUUUCUUCUGUGUUGACCGGGUAGUUGGUCUUCCCUUCGGAGAAUCGUUGAGAUAUCUGAAAGUUUGGGGCUGGAAUGCUUCGAAUAUGAAGGUUUAGGGAGGGUUGAAUUGUUUGCAAGACUUGGGUUAUGUGGAUGGAUGGGUUUCUUGUUCUGGGCAUGGGGUUUCCUUUUGUGGGAUAGGUUCUGUUUUGAUGAAUUGCUUUGGUGCAGAUGGUGAAAUGAAUUCUUGAAGGGAAUGAGCUCAAGGAGUGCGGCUGCUUUUUAAUUGCACCUUUUCCUAAUUGGUAUCUAGAGGACACGUUGCAGCAGGCGGGUCUGUGAUUGGCCAUUCGGAUUAAGGCUACGGGGUGAUUUUUCUUGCUGACUCCUCUGUCAAGGAAUUACAUCCAUGGAUGGAUUGGUAAAAUGGAGCCCCCCAAAUUUACCGGUCUUAUAGGGGGGAACAACCACAAUGAUAACAACUACUAUGAUUUGACGCAAGGGUUUUACCAUAAACUGGGUGAGGGUACAAACAUGUCCAUUGACAGUUUACAGACAAGCAAUGCUGGUGGUUCUGUGUCGAUGUCAGUGGAUAACAGUAGUGUUGGUUCCAAUGAUUCUCUAACCCACAUUUUAAGCCAUCCCUGGUUUAAAACCUGUGAGCCACAACUACGGUGGAACUGUUGGCCAUAGUUUGAUUCGCCCAGGAAGGGUUGGCCAUGCACUGAAUGAUGAUGCUUUAGCUCAGGCGCUGAUGGACUCUAGAUAUCCAACUGAAGGAUUGGCCAAUUACGAUGAGUGGACUAUUGAUCUGAGAAAACUCAACAUGGGUAUGGCAUUUGCCCAAGGUGCUUUUGGUAAGUUAUAUAGAGGGACAUACAAUGGGGAAGAUGUUGCAAUCAAGAUAUUGGAGAGGCCAGAGAAUAGCCCUGAGAAGGCACAAGUGAUGGAACAGCAGUUUCAGCAAGAAGUCAUGAUGCUUGCAACCUUAAAGCAUCCAAACAUUGUCCGUUUUAUUGGUGCAUGCCGUAAGCCGAUGGUUUGGUGUAUUGUCACGGAGUAUGCUAAGGGAGGUUCAGUACGCCAGUUUCUGACUAGGAGGCAGAAUAGGUCUGUGCCACUGAAGUUGGCAGUCAAGCAGGCCUUGGAUGUUGCUAGAGGAAUGGCCUAUGUUCACCGUCUUGGCUUCAUACACCGUGAUCUUAAGUCGGAUAAUCUUCUCAUUGCAGCUGAUAGGUCUAUAAAAAUUGCUGAUUUUGGUGUUGCAAGGAUUGAGGUGCAGACUGAGGGGAUGACUCCAGAAACUGGAACAUACCGUUGGAUGGCACCGGAGAUGAUCCAGCACCGCCCCUACACACAAAAGGUGGAUGUGUACAGCUUCGGCAUUGUGCUCUGGGAGCUGAUAACUGGGAUGCUUCCAUUCCAGAACAUGACAGCAGUGCAAGCAGCAUUUGCUGUGGUGAACAAAGGGGUGAGGCCUGUUAUACCAAACGACUGCCUGCCUGUGCUGAGUGAGAUCAUGACCCACUGCUGGGAUACAAACCCUGAGGUCCGUCCUCCAUUUGCUGACAUUGUCAGGAUGCUUGAAGAUGCAGAAACCGAGAUCAUGACCACAGUCCGCAAGGCGCGCUUCAGAUGUUGCAUGACCCAGCCCAUGACAAUUGACUGAACCCGCCAGGAUACUAGACACAUGGUAAAAAAGUGAAGAAAAUGCGGACACAACUGAAAAAGUGAGACAAGCCACAAAAAGAAAGAAAGGGAAAGUAUAAAAAAGUGAAGCAGUAUGGAACUAUUUGAUGAAUGUGUAUGUAUCAGUUUUUUCUUCUUCUUUCUUUUGGGUUUAUUUCAGAUAGGGUGAGGGAGGAAGUUAACAAGCAUUUUAGACUGGGUGGGUUGGGUGCUGGCUUUUGUGAGUUCAUGGUGGCAUUGGGGGGUUUUUCCUAGUUUGUUAGUAGUUUGUGGGAAACUUUGAUGCUUCUUUCCCUCGCUUCUAAAUACUUGUAAUUGUGCCUCUGCAACUCAGAAGACUGUCUUUUCUCCUUUGUUUCUGUUUUAACUCUUGCUUGCUUUGAUUGUUCUUUGUUAACUCUCCAUUCCAGAUAGACCAACUUGUCUUUCUUCUGUGCUUGCCGUUGCUAGCAUGCGCGAUUACGAUCGCGGUGACAUUUUUAAGCAUCCAUAUGAAAUGAAACACAUACAGCAUUGUCCAAAUGAAGUUCUGCAGCAUUCUCAUUGCUUGUUAUCUCUGGAAAAAUAUAAACUCUGUUUCAGAUGCAUUACAACUUGGAACAUUGGGUAUCCCGAUUAGGCAGUGAUCAUGGUGCCAAGCCCUUCUUCCGACAUGAUCUCGUGAAGUAGCGAGUGCUGAACUCGGCCGUCGAUGAUGCUCGCUGUCCUCACUCCCUGUUCUAUCGCCCUCAAGCAGCAAUUCACCUUGGGGAUCAUCCCUCCGGCGACCUUCUUCUCCGCAAUCAGCUUCUUCACCCCUUCAAUGUCCGUCUCCUUCACCAAGCUGUUCGGAUCAUCCCGAUCCUCCAGUAUCCCCGCCACAUCGGUGAGCAGGAUCAGCUUCUCAGCCCCUAGUGAGGCCGCUAGCUCGCCGGCCACCGUGUCGGCGUUGAUGUUGUACGACUGCCCUGCCUCGUCGGCCGCCACUGAGGCGAUCACCGGGAUAUGACCGUUGUUGAUUAGCGGGUAAAGCAUUGUCGGGUCGACCCGGUCCACGUCGCCUACGAAGCCCAAUUGGGCCGAGUUAGGGUUGGGCCUCGCCGUGAGGAGCCGCCCGUCCAUGCCAGAGAGGCCGACGGCGGUGCCGCCGGCUUUGUUCAUGAGGUUGACCAGAUCCUUGUUGACCUUCCCGAUGAGGACCAUGGAGACGAUCUCCAUCGUCUCGGCGUCGGUGACGCGGAGCCCUUCGUGGAAGAGGGGCUCGAUGUUGAGCUGCUUGAGCCAGCGGUUGAUCUCGGGCCCGCCGCCGUGGACGAGGAUGGGGCGGAGGCCGACGCAGGAGAGGAGGACGAGGUCGCUGACGACGGAGGCCUUCAGCUUCGGGUCUUUCAUGGCGGCGCCGCCGUACUUGACGACAAUUGUUUUGCCCCUGAAUCGCUGGAUGUAGGGGAGGGAUUCGGAGAGGAUCUCGACCCUGAACUGCUCGGGGGACUUGGGAUGCGAUGCGCCGUCGGAUGGGGAGGGAACUGCGGCGGCGGAAGCUCUGAUGGUCAGAGAAGGCAGGCGCUUGGCCGAAGAAUGUGGGAUGUAGUGGAGAUUCGGGGAUUUGAGGGUUGGGGGAAUUAGGGUUUCGGCGCCGGGAGAAGGAACAGGCGUGAAGAAGGUUUUGGUAGCCGCCGCCAUUGGGGGGUUUGGCGGGUGAGUGUGAGUUGCUGCAAGGAGUGGAGAGCAAGAGAGUAGCGAGCAAACAAG